ACAAGGAAAAAUUCAAAGCAUUCAGUAAAAGCAAAAGUCAACGCUCUCACAACUCAAAAGGCUUUCUGCGAAGUUCGUCGCAAAUGGCUCUGAUUCCAAGCAUUUUCGGUGGCUGCCGGAGCAACGUUUUCGACCCCUUCUCUCUAGACAUAUGGGAUCCUUUUGAGGGCUUCCCGUUCCCCAGCGCUCUCUCCUCUGUUCCAUCCUCUGCUCGCGAUACCUCUGCAUUUGUCAAUGCUAGGAUUGAUUGGAAAGAGACACCAGAAGCUCACGUAUUCAACGUUGACCUUCCUGGGUUGAAGAAGGAAGAGGUGAAGGUGGAGAUUGAAGAAGAUCGGGUACUGCAGAUCAGUGGAGAGAGGAGCAGAGAGCAGGAAGAGAAGAAUGAUACAUGGCACAAGGUGGAGAGAAGCAGUGGGAAGUUCUUGAGGAGGUUCAGGUUACCGGAAAAUACAAAGAUGGACCAGGUCAGGGCUAGCAUGGAGAACGGCGUGCUUACUGUGACUGUUCCAAAGGAAGAAGAGAAGAAGCCUGAAGUCAAGUCUAUUCAGAUUUCUGGUUAAAUGUCAUCUCUCUUGUUCUCUGUUCUUCAGUCCCAUGUUGGAAUUGUAAUUGUAAAACACUGAAAAUUUGUGUGUUGGUAUGAAAUAAAAAUUCUGAAUGUAAUAAGAGGUUACAGAUAUAAAAUAAACUCUUUUUUUUUUGAGAUUGAACUCUUCUCCAAAUUCAUUCGGAAAAACAGAUAUUUUUUUAAUACAAAAAGGGUGCAAGAGUCUCAGAAACUUAACGUGGAUGAAAAGCCAGAGAGAAGCUUGCCUCGAAUGAGAGACCAACUGAUGGUGGUUUCUUGACUGACAUACAAAAACAGAACUGCCAGUGGCUUUGGUGUUCCGACUUUGUCAAGAGCUCACUUCUUGACCAAUCUCAGAACAUCGCCAACAAGAUGUAAUGAACCAGUUACAAGGACCUAACCAAUCAAACAUGAACAUGUUA